CGUGGAUUUCGUCGAUCGGCCUGGGAGCUGUUUUGUAUGGUUUGACUUGCCGGCUUCUUCUUUCCUGAUCCACAAUUAAAAUGGCUCCUCCAAUUAGCCAGCGAGGUACCGUAUUUAAAACUGAUCCYGGUAGCGAUGACAAAGCUAAAGCUCAGCUGGAUGAGAUGGUGAAAAAAGCRGARUCAUGYGAGCGAGGAGUACGAGCGAUCUUGCUUGGUCCUCCAGGGUCGGGGAAAGGAACACAGGCUCCUAAAUUAGCCGAGAGAUACUGUGUGUGUCACCUUGCUACAGGUAAUCACAAUAAACAAGCUUUAAUACUGAGAUGCCUUUGAAAAAUUGUCCUCCUA